GUCAACGGGUCUGAAUAAUUUCUGAAUGUACUGUAUUUGUCCUUAGGUCCUGCAGAUGUUGACAACGCAUGCAGAGAGAAUUCAGUCGCAGACAGUGACCCCCUUGCAGGAAACAGAGGAAGUAAAAGCAGAGCCCACAUUAAGAGCCAUUGAAACUGACGUUGAACACAUCAAUGAUGCUCUCACUAAUGACAUACUGCUCAAAACAGAGGGCAAUGGAACAAAUUAAGAAGUUUCAUCUACUGAUGUAACAGAAACUACAGAGCUCAGCAGCCUCAGAACAAAGCAGAUCUUUCCCAAAAGGAAGAAAUCCUUUAACUGUGACCAGUGUGGGAGGCGUUUUCUUCUGAGCAGCUUACUGAAACAGCACACGCAAGUUCACACGGGAGAGAAGCCUUUCUCUUGUGGCCAGUGUGGAAAGAAGUUUCUAAACUUAACUUCUCUCAACAAUCAUGUCUUGGGUCACUCAGAAGGGAGGACUUACGGCUGCACAGUUUGCGGAAAGACAUUCUGUGAGGAGAGAGCACUAAAGCCACACAAGUUUGUUCAUUCAGAGGCAAAACCAUUCAACUGUCUGACUUGUGGACACGGUUUCACAACAAGAAACAGUCUUAUGGUGCACCAGGGAAUUCACGCAGGUGAAAAACUGUUUGGAAAGAGUUUUUGCACAAUUCAGUUACCUCACGACACAUAAAAGAACACACUCCCUCGACAAGCCAUUUAGAUGUGCUCAGUGUCAAAAGGGUUUCAUGACUGACUGGGUAUCGAAAUCUCACCAGGUAGUGCACACAGGGCUGACGGCAUUUAAAUGUGAGAUAUGCAGAAGCAGUUUUGGUCACGAGGUAAACCUUAAAAGGCACAGUCUGAUUCACACAGGGACUAAACCGUUCAGCUGUAAGGUGUGCGGAAAGCAGUUCAACCAAUCCAGCACCGUCAAAGGACACAUGCAGGUACACAAAGAAUUGAAGACCUUCAUGUGUGACAUUUGUGGAAGAAUGUUUGUAUACAAUUACGCUCUGAGAAACCACCAGCAGACCCACAUGGAUGAUGAAAAGGACAAACACAGGAGACCACAAAGUUGUGAGAGAUGUGGGAAGCGCUACAGCUCCAUUGGGACGCUUAAAAUACACCAGCUGCUUCACACAGGUGAGAAGCCGUUUGCUUGCUCAACAUGUGGGAAAACCUUCACCCAGCGAGCCGCUUGUGUCAUACAUCAGAAGCAGUCUCACAUGUAUGGGAAGAGUUUCAGUUUGCCAAACAGUCUUCGACUACAUGAACAAAUUCACACUGGCGAGAAACCUUACACAUGUGAAACUUGUGGGAUGACCUUAAAAGGCAUAUGCUUGUUUAUACAGGAGAGAGGCCCUUUAGCUGUGAAGUAUGUGGGAAAAUGUUCAGCCAAGCAAAUAAUGUCAAACACAAGUGUGUCAAUAGAUAACCAUUUGCAGCACAACAUUUAUAGCUAUGGGUUCCUACAUGGUUGACAUGUAAUUGUUAUCAACUUUUAUUAGAGUGGGCACUAAAAGGUAAGUAUGUUAGUCUCAGGGUUGAUGAUGCUGCAAACUGAUAUCUGGGCAUUUGUUGAGCAGGAAAAUGACAAGGUCUCAGUAUUAUCAUUCCAAGUGAUUUAUUUGUAGCAAAACUUUUGUUAUUUUACACUCAUAAUCAUAUUUUUUCUUUAAGGGACAUAUCAAAAUGUAUUGAGGGGAUGGGUGGUCCAAAAUAGGGGAAGGUUGUUAAAUGUUUUUUUUGCUUUGGGGAGGGUAGUGAGAUUUUAUUUUCUCUCCCCUGGUUGAUUCACUCAUCUGCUCGUAUUUUCCUUUUAUUCAACAGGUGGGUCUAAUUCUGAUUGGUUAAAACUGCAUUCCAUCCCGUGUCUAUUCCACAAGUUGCCACGGCUAAAUCUAUGACGUUAAAGAUGCCUAUUUACUCUGUUCCAUCUGACUGCUCAAUACACGUCAUCAGCCCAGCCAGGCAAUUUAUAAACUUGAUCUCCACGAUAAAAAGUAUCUAGAUGUAACGGAUGUGAAAUGGCUAGCUAGUUAGAGGGUACGCGCUAGUAGCAUUUCAAUCAGUUACUUCACUUGCUCUGAGACUUAAGUAGUGUUGCCCCCUAAUCGCUGAUGCGCGUGAUGGGGGAAGGCAGGUGUGCGUAACGCUGGGGAGCCUGACGCUGGGACGAGCAAGAGCAGGCGUGAUAGACACGCUUAAUUAGCUACCCACCUCAUUCCUUUCUUUUAGUAUGUGCACGUAGUAAGUACACCAUCAUGUUUUUGGGAUUCCACGAUGAUUCUUUAGUUGUGGACACUACAUCACCGCACUCCCUCUCUUGCUCCUCAUCUUUUUGACCCAGUUGACCUCUUUCAUGGAGAUACUGGCUAAGGAGGCUGUGGACAAAAUCUACAAGCUAUUCAACGAGUGCUCCUCUGUUCUGCAUCUGGAAGUGUCUCGGAGUCAAACUGAGAAUGAGGACUUGAAGAAGAGGCUAGACGCGAUUGAGACUGAACUGAGGACUGUCUUAGAAGGGAGUGGAGGACAAGAGAACACAUCAGCCAAUGGCUGCUGCAGUGAAGUCAAGGUCAUCCACCAGUUAAAAGGCACACAACCAGGCUUUUGCGCUGGUGAUGCAGAAGUGAAACGAUCCCCCAUCCUCCACCUGUGGAAAGGCAGACUUCCCUCAACUGUAAACGAGCACUCCAACAUGGAGGACACGAUCGAGUCAGUUAUUAUCAAAGAAGAAGGGUUGGAAGAGUACCUGUACAACAGCACAUCAGACCCAAGUCAUUUUUUAGAGAGCCAGGCCCAGGAGGUGAGUGACCCAGAGAACCCUACAGCGGACUCAAAGGACAAAGGUGGCGACACAGGCCCAAAGCGUUUCAGAAAUCCAAAGAUCACAGGGGCUCGUCGGGCAAAGCCCAAAAAGGAGAACCACCUUAGCUGCAAGCACUGCAGGAAGACAUUCAGCAAACUGAUCCAGCUGAAAGCUCACCAGGCGAUCCAUGCAGCAGCGGAGAAACCUUUUAUCUGCCAGCAGUGCGGCAGAGGUUUUUCCUUUAAACGCAGUUUGGAUGCACACCAGCUGCUUCACACAGGAGAGAGACCGCACACCUGUGGCGAGUGUGGUAAAGCUUUCACCCUAAAGCAGCUGCUCAAGAAUCAUCAGAGACUCCAUGCAGGGUUGAGACCGUUCCGCUGCGACGAGUGUGGCAAGAGCUUUAACCGGGCCCACGGUCUCAAGAUGCACCAGAUCGUCCACACGGGAGAGAGGAAAUACAGCUGUGAGAUCUGCAAGAAGAGUUUCAGCAUACCAGGAAAUCUCCACAGGCACCAGCGUAUACACACGGGUGAGAAACCGUUCCGUUGCGAUACGUGCGGGAAAAGCUUCAACCAGGCAGACACUCUGAAAGGCCACCAGCGGAUCCACACAGGAGAGAGGCCAUUUACCUGUGAGACGUGCGGGAAAUGUUUCAUUCAAAGAAGUGCUCUGAAAAUGCACCAAAGAACCCACGCAGGAGAGAGCGCCUUCCUCUGUGUGGUGUGCGGAACAGUCCUGGCUUGCGUCAACUCUCUCAAGACACACCUUCAGACUCACACAGCAGAGAUGCCUUGUAGGUGCUCAGUGUGCGGUAGUAGUCUCAGUUCUCUCACUCACCUCAAAUCGCACCAGCAACUCCACACUAUGGAAAAGCCGCACAGCUGUGGCCUAUGCAACAAGAGCUUCAAGUCGGUCAGCUACCUGAAUAUACACAUGAAAACUCACACUGGGGAGAGACCGUUCACCUGUGACGUGUGUGGAAGGAUGUUCACUCAACACAGCAGCCUGAAAACCCACCAGGCGGUCCAUACUGGGGAGAAGCCUUUCAGCUGUGAAACGUGUGGGAAAUGUUUCAGCAACACUGGGAACCUCAACAGGCACCAGCGGAUACACACUGGAGAGAAGCCUUUUAGCUGUGACCUCUGUGGGAGGAGCUUCAACCAGGGCAACAGCCUCAAAGCCCACAAACAAAUCCACACCGGAGAGAAACUUUACAUGUGCGACAAAUGCGGGAAGAGUUUUUCCUACCUGAGGAAUCUGAAAGAUCACAAGUGUUACUAUAUCUAAAACCAAUAGGCAUAGCCUCUUAUUGCGAUGGACCACACUUACUUGGUUUGAACAAUUGUCUCAGCAUUAAAAAUGCAUUUAUAGGUCAGUGAGUGGCAUACUGACAUAUGAAGCGUACUGAUAAGAUUGGUUGUCAAAACAGCCUUAUUCAAAUUAUUUAAUUUUAAACAUGACUUGUUUUCGAAAUCAACUUUGAUUUUGAAAAAUGAAUAACCAGUUGCCUUUGUUGGGUAGAAGGACUUGGAUUGGCUGGUGGUCCAGUAACUUUUCAAUGGAGCAAAGCCUCAUUUAUUUGAGAAGGAUAUACAUCUGUAACCUUUCUUGUCUUGUGUACCUUUUUAUUACUGCUGUCUCAGAUUUGUGAGCCAAUGGUAAAUAAAACUCUUGAAAUUA